AUGUUGGGAGAACUCGGUCUCAUCGGGACGAUCCAGGACGAGGACCAGAGUCCGGAGGAACCGGAUUCAGAGUCCGACCAGGAGGAGCAGCCCAUCGUGCUGAACAGGAGGAAGAAGCUGGGCGGCGGCUCCAGAGACUUCAACUGCGACUUUGAGUUCGGGGAGAGAGACGCGCCCGAGCUGGACGAGGACUGGGCCCUGGCCGACGUGCUGAAGCAGCUCAAGCAGAAGCUGUUGUUGUUGUUAUUAUUAAUGUGUUUUAGUUACGACACUGGAAACAUCAAUGCCUCGGCUGAUGGAGUAAAUAUCAACACAGCCGUGAACCUGAUCAGGGAUGAUGAAGGACGGCUGAAGAUCAACAACAUCACCUGUAAUGCCAAAAUCGAUAAGAUGAGGGCAAAGUUCAGCGGGACACUUGGGAGGGUGUACGACUUCCUGGCCAGAUUUGUGACCACAGGCAUGCGUUUCUUCCUCAACCAACAGAUCUGCCCGUCUCUGGAUCACGCCGCUCUCGUCCAUGUGAACUCCCUGUUGGAGAACAUCCCCGUGAGGUCGGAGCUCGCUGUUUUCAGGAUGACCCCCCUGUUCCCGCUCCUCUUUCUGAGUCUGGCCUCCAUCAUGGCGGCAGCUGAACCGGCCGGCUGUAAAAUACGAAUCACCGACAAGGGACUGGAGAUGUUGAAGUAUGAGACUCAGAAGUUUGUGGAAGAGGAGCUGAGUAACAUCAGCAUGCCGGAGAUGAAGGGCAAAGAGGGGCGCUUUCAGUACACCAUCAACGAUGUGAAGAUCGAGGAGCUGAACCUCACUCACGCCGAGCUGCGCUUCAUUCCCGACGUCGGGCUGAUGUUCGACGUCCAGAACUCCUCGAUCUCGCUCAGCUUCCACAGACGGAUCCUCUACUGGUUCUUUUACGACACUGGAAACAUCAAUGCCUCGGCUGAUGGAGUAAAUAUUAACACAGCCGUGAACCUGAUCAGGGAUGAUGAAGGACGGCUGAAGAUCAAUAACAUCACCUGCAAUGCCAAAAUCGAUAAGAUGAGGGCAAAGUUCAGCGGGACACUCGGGAGGGUGUACGACUUCCUGGCCAGAUUUGUGACCACAGGCAUGCGCUUCUUCCUCAACCAACAGAUCUGCCCGUCUCUGGAUCACGCCGCUCUCGUCCAUGUGAACUCCCUGUUGGAGACCAUCCCCGUGAGGUCGGAGGUGGAUCAUUAUAUCGGGAUAGAUUACUCCCUGAUCGACGAUCCGGUGGUGUCCUCCCGGAGCCUCGACAUGCAUUUCAGGGGGAUGUUCUUCGACCUUUCCCACCAGAAUCUGACUCUGGUGAACUACGCCGUGGACCCGGUCAUUAGGGAGUACGAGCGCAUGGUUUAUCUGGCCCUGUCCGAGUUCUUCUUCGACAGCGGGAUGUUCUCCUACUACACUGCAGGAAUCUUCCAAAUGGACAUCGUAAAUGAGAAGAUGCCCAAAGAUCUGGAGGUGUUGCUGAGGACCACUUACUUUGGAACCAUCAUGAUGAUGAACCCGGCUUUGGUGGACGCUCCGAUGUCUCUACAAAUUGCUGUCAACUCACCACCAAAAACCACCAUCAAGACAUCUGGAGCAACCGUCGUCAUGACGGCCAUCGUCAAGGUGAUGGUCCUGCCUCCGGGACAGCCACCGGUGCAGCUCAGCAGCAUGACCAUGGAAACGAAGUUUAAUGCCAAAGUUUCCAUGAAGGGAAAACGUCUGGCCGUCCACGCGGAUCUUCGCAGGUUUAAGAUCUUCUCCAACCAGUCAGCUCUGGAGUCUCUGGCCCUCAUUCCUCUGCAGGCUCCCCUGAAGACGAUGCUGCAGAUGUCCGUGGUUCCUCUGAUCAACAACUGGACAAAGAGGGGCGUCCGGAUCCCGCUGGCCGACGGGAUGGACUUCGUGGAGGAGGUGGUUGAGUAUCAUAACGGCUUCAUCGUGAUUGGAGCAAAUCUUCAGUUCAGCAAAGGCCUGAGAGAGAUGAUGUCCGGGAGCGUGGAGGCGGAGACCUCCAACAGCCUCUAA